CCGAUGGGAGUCAGUCACCAAAGAAAUGCGGCCCCAGCAACCCCGAAUCAAUCCACGCCCUCACGUCGAUCGCAUGCAAGAGCCGCAGGCAGCUAGGCAUGCGUCUCCGAGAUGCCGACCUCCGUCAUCAUUUAGGCCGACUAGCUCUCACGACACGACACGGCCGACUGCCAGCGCCAAUGAGAGAUGGAAGUGAAACGCCGCACGGCAGUCCCGUCCAUGUCCUGGCGGUAUACCUCCUAGUCUAUAAAAGGUGACAUUGGGCGUCGUCGUCCAGCUCGUCUCUCCCCGGCGCCCCAGACAGCCGAUAAACAGUCAGGGACGAAACAAUUCUCAGAGAUGGCCGGGCACCUGGACAGCAUCCUUCGGCGCUACACCGUGGACGGGAACGAUGACACCAAGGACCGCCUCCUCGGAGGUGCAUUCGUGGCGGUGAAUAGACAUGGUGAGCUCACGCGGCCCGCGCGCCUCGGUGACCAAGGUGGCCUGCAGAUCCCAGAGCGACAGGAAGAGACUCACGGAUGGCAGGAUCUCUUUACUCUGGCGCAGCGGGCAGGAUCGACUUCGACCCAGACGCCAAGGCUUUUGCGGGGGACACGUUCACUUGGGUCGCCUCGCUCACCAAGCUGCCGACCAUCACCUGCGUCAUGCAGCUGGUCGAGAAGGGCGUCGUGAAGCUCGAGGACGACAUCCGCCAGGUGGUCCCCGAGCUCGGCAAGCUGCAGAUCCUCAAAGGGUUUGACGGCGACAGGCCGAUCCUCGAAGACAACACAAAGCCGAUAACCCUGCGGUAGGUCUGGAGGAACAACCGAAACAGCCAACCCUUUGUGCAAGGCACCGCAACGGCACCCCGCUGACAGCUGCAGGAUGCUGCUCUCUCACGUCUCCGGCCUUGGAUACGACACCAGAGACCCAGACACCAUCCGCUGGGCCAAGGCCAUCGGCCGCACGGGAAACCACCUCGCCUUCAACCUCUCGGGCUUCAGCACGCCGUUCAAGUUUCCACCCGGCGAGGGUUGGCAGUACGGCUCCGGCGUGGACUGGGCCGGCAUCGCGCUCGAACGCCUCACGGGCCAGACGCUGGGCGAGUACAUGCAGGCGCACGUCUUCGACCCAGUCGGCAUGAAGGACUCGGGCUUCUGGCCGGAGCGGCUGCCGGACACGGAGUCGCGCACCGCGCCGGGGUCCCUCCGCAAAGACGACGGAACGCUGGCGCCGUUCCGCAUGCCGCUGCCCAAGGAGCACGACCUCGAGGGGGGCGGCGCGGGGCUGCACACCACGGCCGACGACUACGCGCUCUUCCUGCGCGCCUUUCUCGCCGGCGAGCUGCUCUCCGAGGAGUCGAUGCAGACCAUGUUCACGCCGCAGCUCGACGAGCGGCAGCGCGCCGCGCUGGAGCGCACGGCGUACGACCCCGCGAGGCAGUCCGAGUACGCGCCCGAGUUCCCCACGGGACUGCCCAUCAGCUCCGGCAUCGGCGGGCUGCUGAACCUCGAGGACGUGCCGGGCAAGAGACGCCGCGGCAGCAUGAUGUGGACGGGCGCGUGCAACAGCCGCUGGUGGGUUGAUCGCGAGACGGGCGUUGCGGGCGUCAUGAUUGUAAACUGCUUUCCCUGGGGCGAGCCGGUCAACGGGAAGCUGUACGACGAGCUGGAGCGAGCCGUGUAUGAGGGCAUCGGGAAGGAGACUUGAGUCGUUGAGCAGAGGAGAGAACUGAGGUAGCGAGGACCCUAGCGAAGUCAAUGAAUUGUCACGAGUGAUGCAAUAAGUGACUACUUGGUAUGGAAGCUGGCACGCUCGCGAACUACACAACAGCCAGUCGCUACCCACAGGUAGAAGAAAGCCAUCGCUCGACCAAACUGACACGUGCAGG